CACUUAAAACAGAUAUCAAUAUAGGCAAACAAGUUACUAAAAGGUGUCGUGUUUCAUCUGGACAAUGGGCCUUUAGUUAGCUGUCUUUCUCUGUGGAACCUUGUCUGAACAUCCCUAUAUUUAUAUAGUGUGUGAACACUCUGGCUACACAGAUUACUGUUGUGAGUACUGGACACGUACGGUGACAGAUGGGUGUAUGGCUGGUAUAUAGGGUGUACGGUAAUAUAACUUAUGGAUAUUGGAAAUCGAUACAUAAAGAGGGUAGGGAAACCUAUCGCUGUGUUUCUAAUUCAGGGAGAAGAAGGGGACAUGCAUUAAGUAUGAGUCCACAUUCUAACAUCUGUCGGGUGGAUCAUCCGCCACGCCCCUCAUCACUUUAAACAGACUGAUAAAACAGGGGCCGUGCAUAUAUUCAGUAAUAAAACGUCGACCCCUCCGGUCCUUCCAAUAACGGACCACUCAUCGAUAACCUGAUGACUGCGGACGUGUACCAGUAAACGUAAAUACUACUGGCGUGAACCAUAACUGACAUUCUGGACCUUUCGUCCAUCAAUUACCCGAUAGAUAGUCUGUUACACUCGUUAUGAUAUCGAUAGUUUGCGAUGUACUGAAGGAUGUGAUCCCGGCCAUGGCGUUCCUCCAGGAGAUAUCACGCCCGCUGUGAGCCGGUUUUAUCCGUCUCUCUCAGUAAUAGUCGGGGAACAUGCACGAAAUGUGUAUUGAUUUCCAUAAAAAGGUGAAUGCAUAAUUAUAGACUCUACAGGUAGCACACAGGUAACGGGCGGCCACGCUCCAAUCACUCAUUGUUACCUCGGCCAGGAAUGCUAUGACACGGGAUACGGCAGACAUUUAAAUAUCGGACCGCGGCUUUAAACGAUGGAUAAAUAUUGAACAGAUAGCAAUCGAUAAGACGGGACAAUCAAACCGGACAGGACAACAAGACAAUCCUGUGAUCUGUAGGGAAACUUUAAAGUUGUGUGCUGCUUGGAAUUAUUUACAAAUAUAUUUAAAACUUUAAGCACUUUGGAAAAUCUGUUUCCGUUUCAUCUACAAUGUUCUGUGUAUAUUAAAUUGGAAGUGAUUUACAUUUACAGUAUACAGUAAACGUCAAGUAACUCAAAAUUGUUACACUUCAUUUGAGGAGUUAAAUAUAGUCACUGGCGAAAACACUGCUGUGAGAAAAACUGGACUUAAAGCCUACAUACUAAACGAAUGGAGACGGAUUGUCGUUGUCCGCCAAACUCCCACCAGGUGCUGACCCAGGAACACAAGUGUCUGUCAAGUGAUUUACAGGGCGGUAAACUCUAAAAUAGCCAUCCAAGUCUACAUUAACAUCGACAAUGGGGUUCAGUACACAUCGCUUUAUCACGACGGUCGACCCGAACUUGAUCUGUGGAAUUUGUGGAUCCGUACUUGAAGAUCCUGUUUUGACUCCAUGUGGACACAGUUUCUGUAGACUAUGCCUCAACACCUGGCUCGGUAAACCGGACGUCCGGACGUGUCCGGAGUGUCGAAGCAAAGUGACGGAGAGCGACGCCAAGCCAGUGCUCUCACUUCGAAACCUCAUUAAUGGAUUCGAUGUCACGUGUGAUAACAAUGAACGGGGCUGCAAAGUGAUUACCAAGCUAGAGAAGCUCGCGUGCCACAUCGAGACAUGUGGGUACGUACCGGUCAAGUGUGCAGGAUGUGGCACAAGUAUCCACCGCUACGAACUCGCCGCCCACCAAAUGCGCUGCGAGGGAAUUGCCGCCGCCAUUAAAGACGACGUAGAUAAUGACCGCUCCCUUGCCGCCUCGCGACUUGGGAACAUCCGGCUGAGCGCCAGCAUUACAUCAGCGGAAGUGUCAAACCUUGUGUCCCGUAUUUCAUUCCUGGAACAGCAGCUUAAAUCAUUCAAGCGUGACCUGCAGAUAUCAGAGUCCAAGAAUCGUGUUCUAGAACGGGAGUACCGGAAGUCUAGAGAGGAGUUACAAGAAAAAAGAAACGAGCUUUUGGAUGCCCAAUAUGCGGACUUUGACCCCGACUACGAUUAUGGAUACACGCCGGAGAGCAUCGCCAAACUCUCCCUCCUCAUCGCUAGGUUCCUCCUCAAGAAACCAUGCUACGCGGACAGCGACCGGAUCUUCAGUGCUAUUAAACGGUGCUAUGAGAACUAUGCGCGUUGUGGUAAUGAGUUCGAACACGAUGUGCAUAUGUUGGUUGCCUCGGCUUUCGCCAGUAACUGGUUUGGAGAGGCUCAGCGUAUUAACUUCCAUUGCUGGUUACAGAGCAUAGCUCGGUAUAGACAAGCCACACAAAACUGUAAGUCAAUGUCCUCUGCUAUACUUGACAGAAGACCUGUCCUAAAUGAAACUUCAACUCGGGGAUCGGUUUAAUGAGCAAUAUGUAAACAUUUUAUCACCAAGUAACAUUCAUAAUCUCAGUAUAUUAAUUAUCAUUUUUUUUAUCUUAAGCACAAAAUUUUAUGCCAUCGUGUAAUUCAUUUUCUUUACACUCAUUAUAUAAAAAAAAUCACCCAAUUACUAAAUUACUGUCAACGUCCUCAAAUGACUAGCGAUAGAUUGUAUAGAUAAAUUGUGUGAAAGGAUGAGAGAGUACAUAUUGAGUACUGGUAGAUAUAGAUCUGUACUUUGUCUAGCCCUCUACUGUCAUCGUACCGUACACAGAUCUAUACAGGAAUACCCGAGUAUGCCCUUCACUAGACAAACUAGUGUCGAGGUUUUGUAGAUAGAACACUGGCCCCUCUGUACAGCCCCGUUGAUUAUGUUUUCUCUAGACUAAUUACUAGUAUAUAAAUAAGUCGUAUUUGGCCGAGCGUGUGCUGUCGCCUCACCAACUAUUAUAUAUAUUUGGUUAUCGCCAACACACUUUGUUCUGAUCACGGAGCUGUACCGAAGUUAAUGCUAACGGAACUCUCGGGCUAUUUUUGGAGCCUGUUUUCUAAUUAACACCCAAACUUCAUUCCAGGAGGUUGGCCGAUUCUAUUCAAAAAAAAAUUGGCGGGGACCAGAAAAACCCACGCGAAUUCGUGCUUUUAUUGUUAUCAAAUGUAACAUCGGACGUGACAGUAAUGAAAUAUCCUGGCCUUAUAUAGGUAACUAUUACUCAUGUAAUACUAUAUCCUGGCCUUAUAUAGGUAACUGUUACUAAAGUAAUACAAUGUCCUGGCCUUAUAUAGGUAACUGUUACUAAUGUAAUACAAUAUCCUGGGACCUUAUAUAGGUAACUGUUACUAAAGUAAUACAAUGUCCUGGCCUUAUAUAGGUAACUGUUACUAAAGUAAUACAAUAUCCUGGCCUUAUAUAGGUAACUAUUACUAAAGUAAUACAAUAUCCAGGCCUUAUAUAGGUAACUAUUACUAAAGUAAUACAAUAUCCUGGCCUUAUAUAGGUAACUGUUACUAAUGUAAUACAAUAUCCUGGGACCUUAUAUAGGUAACUGUUACUAAAGUAACACAAUAUCCUGGCCUUAUAUAGGUAACUGUUACUAAAGUAAUACAAUAUCCUGACCUUAUAUAGGUAACUGCUACUCAUGUAAUACAAUAUCCUGGCCUUAUAUAGGUAACUGCUACUCAUGUAAUACAAUAUCCUGGCCUUACUUACACUGUAGGUAACCGUUACUAACGUAAUACUAUAUCCUGACCUUAUAUAGGUAACUGUUACUAAUGUAAUACAAUAUCCUGGCCUUAUAUAGGUAACUGCUACUCAUGUAAUACAAUAUCCUGGUCUUAUAUAGGUAACUGUUACUAAUGUAAUACAAUAUCCUGACCUUAUAUAGGUAACUGUUACUAAUGUAAUACAUUAUCCUGACCUUAUAUAGGUAACUGUUACUAAUGUAAUACAAUAUCCUGACCUUAUAUAGGUAACUGUUACUAAUGUAAUACAAUAUCCUGGUCUUAUAUAGGUAACUGUUACUAAAGUAAUACAAUAUCCUGACCUUAUAUAGGUAACUGUUACUAAUGUAAUAAAAUAUCCUGGCCUUAUAUAGGUAACUGUUACUAAAGUAAUACAAUAUCCUGACCUUAUAUAGGUAACUGUUACUAAUGUAAUACUAUAUCCUGGCCUUAUAUAGGUAACUGUUACUAAAGUAACACAACAUCCUGGCCUUAUAUAGGUAACUGUUACUAAUGUAAUACAAUAUCCUGACCUUAUAUAGGUAACUGUUACUAAUGUAAUACUAUAUCCUGGCCUUAUAUAGAUAACUGUUACUAAAGUAACACAAUAUCCUGGCCUUAUAUAGGUAACUGUUACUAAUGUAAUACAAUAUCCUGGCCUUAUAUAGGUAACUGUUACUGAAGUAAUACAAUGUCCUGACCUUAUAUAGGUAACUGUUACUAAUGUAAUACAAUAUCCUGGGACCUUAUAUAGGUAACUGUUGCUAAAGUAACACAACAUCCUGGCCUUAUAUAGGUAACUGUUACUAAUGUAAUACAAUAUCCUGACCUUAUAUAGGUAACUGUUACUAAUGUAAUACAAUAUCCUGACCUUAUAUAAGUAACUGUUACUGAAGUAAUACAAUAUCCUGACCUUAUAUAGGUAACUGUUACUAAUGUAAUACAAUAUUCUGACCUUAUAUAGGUAACUGUUACUAAUGUAAUACAAUAUCCUGGUCUUAUAUAGGUAACUGUUACUAAAGUAACACAACAUCCUGGCCUUAUAUAGGUAACUGUUACUGAAGUAAUACAAUGUCCUGGCCUUAUAUAGGUAACUGUUACUAAUGUAAUACUAUAUCAUGGCGUUAUAUAGGUAACUGUUACUAAUGUAAUACUAUAUCCUGGCGUUAUAUAGGUAACUGUUACUAAUGUAAUACAAUAUCCUGACCUUAUAUAGGUAACUGUUCCUAAUGUAAUACUAUAUCCUGGCGUUAUAUAGGUAACUGUUACUAAUGUAAUACAAUAUCCUGACCUUAUAUAGGUAACUGUUCCUAAUGUAAUACUAUAUCCUGGCCUUAUAUAGGUAACUGUUACUAAUGUAAUACAAUAUCCUGACCUUAUAUAGGUAACUGUUACUGAAGCAAUACAAAAUCCUGUCAUUAUAUAGGUAACUGUUACUAAAGUAACACAAUAUCCUGGGACCUUAUAUAGGUAACUGUUACUGAAGUAAUACAAUAUCCUGGCCUUACAUAGGUAACUGUUACUAAUGUAAUACAAUAUCCUGGCCUUAUAUAGGUAACUGUUACUAAAGUAAUACAAUAUCCUGGCCUUAUAUAGGUAACUGUUACUAAUGUAAUAAAUAUCCUGGCCUUAUAUAGGUAACUGUUACUAAUGUGAUACAAUAUCCUGACCUUAUAUAGGUAACUGUUACUAAAGUAAUACAAUAUCCUGGCCUUAUAUAGGUAACUGUUACUAAAGUAAUAAAUAUCCUGGCCUUAUAUAGGUAACUGUUACUAAUGUAAUACAAUACCCUGGUCUUAUGGCCUUAUAUAGGUAACUGUUACUAAUGUAAUACAAUAUCCUGGUCUUAUAUAAGUGAUUGUUACUGUCACUACAAUCUGUUUAUUAUCGAGUUUGUCUUCCAUUGACUUCAUGUAUUUCUUGCUAAACAAAGACAUAAAUCCUUAGACUAUACUCAGGUAUUCAUAGUGCCAUUGGUUUCUAUACAUUGUGUAAGUUGUUUAAGUUUACUAGGGUAUUUAGUGACAAUACUUAUGUCACAGUAGUAACUAUAUGUAACUUCAUUUUAUAGUAGAACAUUCGGCUUAUUAGGUGAUAGUUAUUGGUAUUUCAAGUUCACAACAGGAACGGCUCACCUAACAUUCACAAAUCCACAGGUGUGUAGUGGAAUUAGAAGACACUUGGCUAUCGAAUAAAGACGGACGCGAUUUAAAAAAUGAAAAUUGAGGUACAUGUAUAUGAAAUAUUAGUUGAUAAAUGUUUGUGUUUAUUUGUUUUAAUGUCAACAUGUCUGUGAUUU